AUGGGAGACAGAUCACUCCUAGAUCGUUUCCUGUGCUGUCAUAUUUGUUCAGAGACUUUCAGAGAGCCUGUUUCUCUCGGCUGCAACCACAGCUUCUGUUCCAGCUGCCUGGACAAUUUCUGGGAUCAGAAUAAAAACAAGAACUGUCCGGUUUGUAAGAGGAAAUCUUCUAAGGGCUUAGGAAUUAACUAUUCACUGAAAGAGCUAGCUGACUCGCAUGCAGGGAGAGAGAAAGCAGGGGAGUCCAGGGAACGGAGGAAUGAUAGUGAUCCAAAGGAUGACAGAGAGAUCAUUUGUAGUAAACAUACAGAUGAACCUAAGUGGUUCUGUGAGGUGGAGCAGAGAGCUGUUUGUCACGAAUGUGAGUUUCCUGAUGGUCACGGACACACAGUCAUUCCCUUACAACAGGCAGUGAAAGACCUGAAGGAAAAAAUAACAUCUGAUUUAGAGUCACUGCAGAACAAGCGGACCAAAUGUGAAGACAUAGAGGAGACAUACAAUGAAAUAGUGCAAUACUCCAAGAAGCAGCUGGGAGCGACAGAGAGACAGAUCAGGGGGGAGUUUGAGAUGCUUCACCAGUUCCUGAGAGAGGAAGAGAAGGCCAGACUGGCUGCACUGAGGGAGGAAGAGGAGGAAAAGGGGAAGAUGAUCACCAGAGAGAUUAAGAACAUUCAGGACCAGAUCACUUCUCUCACACAAAGCAUCACUGCUGUGAAACAUGAGCUGCAGAAACAGGAUGUGCCAUUUCUCAAGAGCUACAAACACAUCCAGACAAGCCUUAAUGCCCAGUGCACACAGCUGGAUCCACAACUGGUCUCAGGUGCAUUGAUAAACGUGGCCAAACACCUGGGCAACCUGCAGUUCAGAGUCUGGGAGAAGAUGCAAGGGAUCAUCAAGUACACUCCUGUGAUUCUGGACCCCAACACCGCUGAAUGUAGGCUAUAUCUGUCUGAUGGUCUGACCAGGGUGAGACAUUUAGGCAAAAAGCAGCAUUUCCCUGACAACCCAGAGAGGAACACAGAGCAUGCCCAGGUUCUGGGCUCUGAGGGGUUCAGCUCAGGAAAGCACAGCUGGGAGGUGGAGGUGGGGGACCACCCUCACUGGUAUAUAGGUGUGGCCGAGGAGUCAAUCAAAAGGAAGGGGAAGGCAUUUGUAACCCCUGGGUAUGGAGUCUGGGAUAUACAGCUGAGGGAUCAUGAGUAUAAUGCAGGAGGUAAGACUCUUUCCCUGGAGAGGAGUCCCCAGAGGAUCAGAGUGCAGCUGGACUAUGACAGAGGGGAGGUGUCCUUCUAUGACCAAGAAGACAUGACACACAUCUACACUCAUAAACACAUGUUUACAGAGAAACUGUAUCCCUACUUCUCUAAUGGAAAGGCUGGGGAUGCUGACAACCGUGAUAUACAGAUCUGCCAAUCAGAGGUGUCUCUGACAGUGAAGUCAUAACAAUGAGGUGUGUGUGUGUGUGUUUGUGUGAGUGCGUGUGUGUGUGUGAGUGCGUGUGUACCACCAGUGCCUACACCACGCACCAAGCCUCCUGUGUGUCCCCAGAGUCCUGUGCGUCCUGUUGCUGCUCCCCGCACUAGCCCUGAGAUGCGUGUCCUCAGCCCGGGACCACCAGUUCCGGCACCACGCACCAGGCCUAUAGUGCGUCUCGGCCGGCCAGAGUCUGCCAUCUGCCCAACGGCGCCUGAACUGCCCGUCUGCCCAACGGCGCCUGAACUGCCCGUCUGCCCAACGGCGCCUGAACUGCCCGUCGGCCCAACGGCGCCUGAACUGCCCGUCUGCCCAACGGCGCCUGAACUGCCCGUCUGCCCAACGGCGCCUGAACUGCCUGUCUGCCCAACGCCGUCUGAACUGUCCGUCUGCCAAGCGCUGCAUGAACUGCCCGUCUGUACUGAGCCUGCAAAGCCGCCCGUCUGCCAUGAGCCUUCAGAGCCGUCCGCCAGACCGGAGCCGCUAAAGCCUUCCGCCAGACAGGAGCCGCUAGAGCCUUCCGCCAGACAGGAUCAGCCAGAGCCUUCCGCCAGACAGGAUCAGCCAGAGCCUUCCGCCAGACAGGAUCAGCCAGAGCCUUCUGCCAGACAGGAUCAGCCAGAGCCUUCCGCCAGACAGGAUCAGCCAGAGCCUUCCGCCAGACAGGAUCAGCCAGAGCCUUCCGCCAGACAGGAUCCGUCAGCCUGCCAUGAGCAGCCAGAGCCUUCCGCCAGCCAUGAGCAGCCAGAUCCGUCAGCCUGCCAUGAGCAGCCAGAUCCGUCGGCCAGCCAUGAGCAGCCAGAUCCGUCGGCCAGCCAUGAGCAGCCAGAUCCGUCAGCCAGCCAUGAGCAGCCAGAUCCGUCAGCCAGCCAUGAGCAGCCAGAUCCUUCAGCCAGCCAUGAGCAGCCAGAUCCGUCGGCCAGCCAUGAGCAGCCAGAUCCGUCGGCCAGCCAUGAGCAGCCAGAUCCGUCAGCCAGCCAUGAGCAGCCAGAUCCGUCAGCCAGCCAUGAGCAGCCAGAUCCUUCAGCCAGCCAUGAGCCGUCCAGCCAGGAUCCGCCAGAGCCAGCCAGCCAGGAUCCGCCAUUGAGUCCGGUGCUGUCCCUUAGCCCGGUGCUGCCCCUUAUCCUGGUGCUGCCCCUUAGUCCGGUACUGCCCCUUAGUCCGGUGCUGCCCCUUAGUCCGGUGCUGCCCUUUAGUCCGGUGCCGCCCCUUAAUCCAGUGGGGUUUAGUGGGGGGGUGGUCAUGUGGAGGAGGCUACGGAAGCAGAUAGUGACUAAGGUGGGGUGGGGACCACGACCAGGGCCAGAACCGCCACCGGGGACAGACGCCCACCCAGACCCUCCCCUAGACUGUAUGCUGGUGCGCCCGGAGUUCGCACCUUUAGGGGGGGGUACUGUGACACUCUGGCUCCGGGACUUUUGUAUUUGAGCCAGGGUGUAUUUUGUUAUGUUGGGUUUGGGUGUAUUUUCUAUGUUUGCUUUUCUGUUGGCUUCAUUUCUAAGUUUGGUCUAUGACUCCCAAUCGGAGGUAACGAGUGUCAGCUGUUCGGCUCGUUAUCUCUGAUUGGGAGCCAUAUUUAAUCUGAAUGUUUUCCUGUGGGAAUUGUGGGUUUUUGUUCCGUUUCGGUCAGUGUACCGUGGACUUCAUUGAGUCGUCUUUUGUUUUGUAGUUCGAUAACGUUUGUUUAAUAAAGUCAUGUUUCUUGGACACGCUGCGCCUUGGUCAUACUUAGACGACAUAGACGACCGUGACAAAAUGCUUUGCUAAUCACUCUGUAUCAAAUGUGACUCUUCCGAUUUGAAUAAUAUUCAGACAUUAUUUAACAUAAAUCAUCAUCAAACUAGUAUGAGACUGAUGUAUAAACUGUUAGUCCACUUGUGACUGAAAAAAAAGUAAUAUUACAUUUCGAUAUAUUAUUUGAUAAUCCCUGUAUCAGAUUAACCAUUCUUAUUUGAAUAAAACAGAUGUUUUUUUUGUCAAUAAAAAUUAAGAAUAAAGGAGAAAGAGAAAAGUGUUUUUGAAUGACUUGACUUGCCCUGAAUAAAGAGAACGGUGGGUUUCAGCUGCAUUCUUGUAAAUCACAAAUACCAUUUGCAAUCAUUGUUUUACCCUUUAGUGUGUGUACUUUACUGUAUUUAUACUUGGGAUAUCGCUUGUCAACAGGAAUAGUUCAAAAAUAACAGGAGGACACAUUUAAGUUAGAGAAACACAUGUAGCACAUUGGGAAACAGAGCAAUAAUCAGAUAAAUAAAUACAUUAAAUAUAUUCUACAAAAUAAACCCAAACUGAGAAAAACAAAACAAAGAUCCAACUGCAGUGAAAUUAUUGAAUAAAGUUUUAAACAGAUGGACUAGGAAAAGAGUGAAAUAAAUACUACAGAGAUAUACUAGCUCAGUCUUGUCAGUACAGUUGGUCUAGUCAUUGGAUGGAUGGAUGGAUGGAUGGAUGGAUGGAUGGAUGGAUGGAUGGAUGGAUGGAUGGAUGGAUGGAUGGAUGGAUGGAUGGAUGGAUGGAGGGGGAUAGAAGAGUUUUAAAGACCACAACACAUCCUCUCUCUAUUGCUGCAGUCCAUAAUAACACACCUAUUGGAAAGCUCUGAUGAAUCUUUCAAUGUUUAUAGAGUGUUAGUUAUAUUCAUCAUGUUUAUCAACAGAUUAGUACUUGAAUCUGUCCUUGAGAAGGGCAACUAUUGUAGAUUGUGCAAAUGAAGUGAUUGUUCUUUUUGUUAAUAGAGUCAUAGCUACAGUGAGGGAAAAAAGUAUUUGAUCCCCUGCUGAUUUUGUACGUUUGCCCACUGACAAAGACAUGAUCAGUCUAUAAUUUUAAUGGUAGGUUUAUUUGAACAGUGAGAGAUAGAAUAACCACAAAAAAAUUCAGAAAAAUGCAUGUCAAAAAUGUUAUAAAUUCAUUUGCAUUUUAAUGAGGGAAAUAAGUAUUUGACCCCUCUGCAAAACAUGACUUAGUACUUGGUGGCAAAACCCUUGUUGGUAAUCACAGAGGUCAGACGUUUCUUGUAGUUGGCCACCAGGUUUGCAAACAUCUCAGGAGGGAUUUUGUCCCACUCCUCUUUGUAGAUCUUCUCCAAGUCAUUAAGGUUUCGAGGCUGACAUUUGGCAACUCGAACCUUCAGCUCCCUCCACAGAUUUUCUAUGGGAUUAAGGUCUGGAGACUGGCUAGGCCACUCCAGGACCUUAAUGUGCUUCUUCUUGAGCCACUCCUUUGUUGCCUUGGCCGUGUGUUUUGGGUCAUUGUCAUGCUGGAAUACCCAUCCACGACCCAUUUUCAAUGCCCUGGCUGAGGGAAGGAGGUUCUCACCCAAGAUUUGACAGUACAUGGCCCCGUCCGUCGUCCCUUUGAUGCAGUGAAGUUGUCCUGUCCCCUUAGCAGAAAAACACCCCCAAAGCAUAAUGUUUCCACCUCCAUAUUUGACGGUGGGGAUGGUGUUCUUGGGGUCAUAGGCAGCAUUCCUCCUCCUCCAAACACGGCGAGUUGAGUUGAUGCCAAAGAGCUCGAUUUUGGUCUCAUCUGACCACAACACUUUCAUCCAGUUCUCCUCUGAAUCAUUCAGAUGUUCAUUGGCAAACUUCAGACGGGCCUGUAUAUGUGCUUUCUUGAGCAGGGGGACCUUGCGGGCGUUGCAGGAUUUCAGUCCUUCAUGGCGUAGAGUGUUACCAAUUGUUUUCUUGGUGACUAUGGUCCCAGCUGCCUUGAGAUCAUUGACAAGAUCCUCCCGUGUAGUUCUGGGCUGAUUCCUCACCGUUCUCAUGAUCAUUGCAACCCCACGAGUUGAGAUCUUGCAUGGAGCCCCAGGCCGAGGGAGAUUGACAGUUAUUUUGUGUUUCUUCCAUUUGCGAAUAAUCGUUGUCACCUUCUCACCAAGCUGCUUGGCGAUGGUCUUGUAGCCCAUUUCAGCCUUGUGUAGGUCUACAAUCUUGUCCCUGACAUCCUUGGAGAGCUCUUUGGUCUUGGCCAUGGUGGAGCGUUUGGAAUCUGAUUGAUUGAUUGCGUCUGUGGACAGGUGUAUUUUAUACAGGUAACAAACUGAGAUUAGCACACUCCCUUUAAGAGUGUGCUCCUAACCUCAGCUCGUUACCAGUAUAAAAGACUCCUGGGAGCUAGAAAUCUUUCUGAUUGAGAGGGGGUCAAAUACGUAUUUCCCUCAUUAAAAUGCAAGUCAAUUUAUAACAUUUUUGACAUGUGUUUUUUUGUUGUUAUUCUGUCUCUCACUGUUCAAAUAAACCUACCAUUAAAAGUAUAGACUGAUCAUUUCUUUGUCAGUGGGCAAACUUACAAAAUCAGCAGGGGAUCAAAUACUUUUUUCCCUCACUGUAUGUCUAUGUUAAAUUAUUGUGAUAUGAUAUUACUAAUGUAGACAGUGCACCUUGUAUUUAUAGGUUUGAAAGUGUCUCAUAUUAUCUAAAGAAACCUAUUCCAUUGUGUUCUUCCAAUCUAUUGGAACUGAUUUCUAACAGUUUGCUCAUUGGAGAGUUACUUCAGCAGCGAAAGUGCUUUACAAUCUUAAACAAAUCUGCCCCCUGAUCAGUUAGUUGUGCUUUAAUAAGUGUGAGAAUGACCUCUAGUGGGUUUACAAUGGUACUGCAGGUGUUCUUUAUGCAUCCUGUUUAGGGUUGCAAAGGGAGGGUAUAUUAAGCAAUGUAUUCUGUAUACAGUAGGAUACUGCCUGACUACUGCUGUAUAAUGUACAUAUUGUAUCCUCCUGAUGGCCUGUGUGUCUUUAUCUCUCUGUCUCUUUGUCUCUCUCUGUGUGUGUGUGUGUGUGUGUGUGAGUGUGUGUGUGUGUGUGUGUGUGUGUGUGUGUGUGUGUGUGUGUGUGUGUGUGUGUGUGCGCGUGUGUGUGCGUGCUUUUGUGUGGUGUCUUCAGUUCAGUGUACUGUGUCUUCAGUUCAGUGUACUGUGCAAUGUUGAAGUACCUACAGGACCUCAAAGAGGAACUGCAGAUGGAGGUGACAGAGGCUCUGGCCUAACACUGCAUCUCCUCUUCUGUAUCCCCGGGACAGGUGAGUGGAAUAACACAAAGAAAUGGAGGAGAACAUGGCAUUUUAUAUCACUUAAAAUAUUUUGCAUUGUAUUCCACUAUUUCUAAGAACAUUUUGGGUGUUUGACUAUUCCCCUGUAGAAUGUGCCAGUCUACCUCAACAGCCUGAGGAAAAGUGAGGUUCUGCUACCUGGCCUCCGCCAUUCUGUACACCAAUGACUACAGCUCCGCAGACAACUGCUAUCCAUGGAUACCAAGACCACCGCAGGACAAUUCUACCCUCUGCUACUACCACUGGUAUGGGAUGAGGAUGGUGGUGAUGAUAAUGAUGGUCAGGGGCGCAACUUUGGUUUUAGAAGUGGGGGGGACAUAACUUGGUGAAUGGUCUGGAGGUCCUCCCAUUUUUGGGGACGUCGAAAGCUCAUUUCCUGCAUUUCUACACAAUCUAAUAUGACCCAUGGCCCUUCUAGCCAUUUCUAUUUAGAACAACAUAAAGUAAGCAAAAAUGCCCACAGUCAUCAAGCUAGGUAAGAAAUCAUUAUUAAAUAUGUUUAAGUGAUUGAUAAGACUGAACUAGAUCAAUGAUAAUUCAAUAAUCAAUAUUGUGUUGCACCUUUAACCAAUAGCCUAACAAAUGAACAACUCUUACAAAUAAAGUACAAAGACUAUUGAUUGUCUUUAUUAAGACAUCCUCUAUAUCAAAUUUCAGCCAGACCGCCCAGCCAGCCCAACCCUCAGCAGACUAGCCAAUAUCUCAACUCUCUCCCCAACACAAUUUCCUUCCCAUCUUUUUUUUUCAUGUCUCAAGGAAAGGUUUGGAAAACAAUAGUUUUAUAAAAACAAACAUACACCUACACAUUAACACACAGAAACAGUACAUCCUCCAUAUAAUUCAUAUCAUAGGCCUAAUAUUAUUGUAGAGCUCUAUCCAACCCAACACCUCACUCAGCUUUAGGAUCUUAGUGAAACAUUCAUUGAGCACCUCGACCACUCCAUGCGCACUUCUCAGAAAUCCCUCAAGACUACUGAUUGGUCUAGUAUAUACGCUCAGCCAUCAUAUAGACUACCACAUACCAUUACUGGUUUAUAAGAGUAGGCUAUAUUUCUCAAAAAAUACCACUAAGCUGCCGGCCAGGUGCGGAGCCUAAUAAAUAACUUGUAACACAAUAUCAGAAAUAAAAAUACAAUUGUCUUCCAUUACACAAUAUAGCCCAAUAGCCAACUAGCCUACAUAUAGCAAUAGACUAUAUUUGUUCAUAUAAGGAAAUCAGUCAAUUAAAAUAAAUUAUUUAGGCCCUAAUCUAUGGAUUUCACAUGACUGGGCAGGGGUGCAGCCAUCAGUGGGCCUGGGAGGGUAUAGGCCCACCCACGGGGGAGUUAGGCCCAGCCAAUCAGAAUGACUUUUUCCCCACAAAAGCGCUUUCUUACAAACAUAAAUACUCCUCAGAAUCCAGAUGUGGAGGUCCUGGGCUGGCAUGGUUACAGGUGGUCUGCGGUUGUGAGGCCGGUUGGACGUACUGCCAAAUUCUCUAAAACGACGUUGGAGGUGGCUUAUGGUAGAGAAAUUAUCUGGCAACAGUUAUGAUGGACAUUCCUGCAGUCAGCAUGCCAAUUGCAUGCUCCCUCAAAACUUGAGACAUCUGCACAUUUUAUAGUGGCCUUUUAUCGUCCCCAGCACAAGGUGCACCUGUGUAAUGAUCAUGCUGUUUAAUCAGCUUCUUGAUAUGUCACCUGUCAGCUGGAUGGAUUAUCUUGGCAAAGGAGAAAUACUCACUAACAGGGAUGUAAACAAAUUUGUGCAAAGAAUUUGAGAGAAAUAAGCUUUUUGUGCAUAUGGAAGAUUUCUGUGAUAUUUUAUUUCAGCUCAUGAAACUUGGGACCAACACUUUCCAUGUUGCAUUUAUAUUUUUGUUCAGUACAUAGCCAGCCUACCGUUUUGGCCUGCUAAUAGCGCCCUUAAUGAAGUUGCCGAGGUGGUGCGCUCAGACCGGUGGCUCAGCAGACCGGCGAAUCAGAGCGCCGGAGGAGAGCAACAGGAGAAGACGUGAUGAAGCUAAUGAUUUAUCAAAACGUGACAAAGGUCUGAAGACCAUAAUGUUUAGCAACCAUAUAAGACCAUAGUAUACCAAUAAAAAUCUGCUCCUGGGAUAUAAAUGGAUGUUGACCUAUGAUCAAAGUAAGUAAAAUUGAAAGUAAAUGUUUGACAUUGAAAGGCUGAACAGAAAAGAGACACCAUUUCAAGGUGUGAACAUUAGACAGAAGUCUCCUGAAAAACUGGAAUAAUCACAUGUAUUUAUUUCUCUGACUUAAAAAAAAACUUUUUUAAAAUGAUAUAAGGUAAAGUGAAAUUUCUAGUGAGACUUGUUUCAGAAGGUUUUCUUUGCAAAUCGAAGGACACUAGGAUACUACCAGCACCGUGACAGAAAAUGGCAGAGAAAGCUCUUUUGGAUAGUUUCCUGUGCUGUCACAUUUGUUCAGAGACUUUCAGAGAGCCUGUUUCUCUGGGCUGCAACCACAGCUUCUGUUCCAGCUGCCUGGACAAUUUCUGGGAUCAGAAUAAAAACAAGAACUGUCCGGUUUGUAAGAGGAAAUGUUCUAAAGGAUUAGGAAUUAACUUUUCACUGAAAGAGCUAGCUGACAAAUAUGCAGGGAGAGAGAAAGCAGGGGAGUCCAGGGACAGGACUGAAGAAGGAAGAAAAGAUAAAUACUGUAUUCCAGAUGAAGACAGAGAGUUGGUAUGUAGUAAACAUACAGAUGAACCUAAAUGGUUCUGUGAGGUGGAGCAGAGAGCUGUUUGUCACAUCUGUGAGUCUCCUGAUGAUCACGAACACACAGUCAUUCCCUUACAACAGGCCGUGAAAGACCUGAAGGAAAAACUAACAUCUGACAUAGAGUCACUGCAGGACAAGCGGACCAAAUGUGAAAACAUAGAGGAGACAUACAAUGAAAUAGUGCAAUACUCCAAGAAGCAGCUGGUAUCCACAGAGAGACAGAUCAGGGGGGAGUUUGAGAAGCUUCACCAGUUCCUGAGAGAGGAAGAGAAGGCCAGACUGGCUGCACUGAGGGAGGAAGAGGAGGAAAAGGGAAAAAUGAUCGUCAGAGAGAGGAAGAACAUUCAGGACCAGAUCACCUCUUUCACAGAAAGCAUCACUGCUGUGAAACAUGAGCUGCAGAAACAGGACGUACCAUUCCUCAAGAGCUACAAACACAUCCAGACAAGCUCCAGAGCCCAGUGCACACAGCUGGAUCCACAACUGGUCUCAGGAGUACUGAUAGACGUGGCCAAACACCUGGGCAACCUGCAGUUCAGAGUCUGGGAGAAGAUGCAAGGGAUGAUCAAUUACACUCCUGUGAUUUUGGACCCCAACACUGCAUACGGCACACUCUCACUGUCUGAUGAUCUGACCAGUGUGAGCCAGAUGGGCUCAAAGCAGCACCUCCCUGACAACCCAGAGAGGAACAUGAUUUAUGCCAUAGUUCUGGGCUCUGAGGGGUUCAGCUCAGGAAUGCACAGCUGGGAGGUACAUGUAGAGGUGGGGGACCACUCUCACUGGUAUAUAGGCGUGGCCAAAGAGUCAAUUAACAGGAAGGGGGAAGCAUCUGUAACCCCAGAGUAUGGAUACUGGGCUAUAAAGCUGAAGAGUGCUAAAUACAAUGCAGGAGAUAAGACUCUCACUCUGAAGAGGAGACCCCGGGGGAUCAAAGUACAGCUGGACUACGACAGGGGGAAGGUAUCCUUCUAUGACUCCAAAGACAUGACACACAUACACACUUACAAUGAUACAUUUACUGAGAAACUAUACCCAUACUUCUCUAAUGGAAAGGCUGGUGAUGCCAUCCAUCCUGAUAUACAGAUCUGCCAAUCAGAGGUGUCUCUGACAGUGAAGUCCUUCCAGUGAGGUGUAUACUGUAUGUUUAGGAGGGGGUGGUAGUGGGGAAGGGUAGUAGACCCAUGUGAGAGAGCUUUGUGUUUUGGUUUAAGAUAAAUCAUUUGAUAAUGAAAGGGAUUGUUCAUUAUUAAUUCUGUUUCUUGUAGAAUAUAUUUAGGUUUGACAGAUUGAACUACAGUUUAACUUAGGGUUGUACCACAGCUCUCUCGGUGUGUUUAUUGCACUGCUUGUCAGCAAUCCAGUUUUCAAGAGACUGUAUGUACUGUUCAGAAUGCAUCACACAGGGAUCAUUUCUGUACUUUCAAAGUUACAUAAACUAUACACUACAUGUGUAUAGUAUGUGGACACGCCUUCAAAUUAGUGGAUUUGGCUAUUUCAGCCACACCCGUUGCUGACAGGUGUAUAAAAUUGAGCACACAGCCGUGCAAUCUCCAUUGGCAAACAUUGGCAGUAGAAUGGCUCGUACUGAAGAGCUCAGUGACUUUCAACGUGACACCGUCAUUGGAUGCAACCUUUCCAACAAGUCAGUUUGUCAAAUUUCUGCCUUGCUAGAGCUGCCCCGGUCAACUGUAAGUGCUGUUAUUGUGAAGUGGAAACGUCUAGGAGCAACAAUGGCUCAGCUAUGAAGUGGUAGGCCACACAAGCUCACAGAAUGUGACCGCCGAGUGCUGAAGCACAUAGUGCGUAAAAAUCGUCUGUCCUCGGUUGCAACACCCACUACCGAGUUCCAAACUGCCUCUGGAAGCAAUGUCAGCAUAAGAACUGUUCGUCGGGAGCUUCAUGAAAUGGGUUUCCAUGGCCGAACAGCCGCACACAAGCCUAAGAUCACAAUUCGCAAUGCCAAGCAUCGGCUGGAGUUGUGUAAAGCUCGCCACUAUUGGACUCUGGAGCAGUGGAAACGCGUUCUCUGAAGUGAUGAAUCAUGCUUCACCAUCUGGCAGUCCGACGGACGAAUCUGGGUUUGGUGGAUAACAGGAGAGCGCUACCUGCCCCAAUGCAUAGUGCCAACUAUAAUGUUUGGUGAAGGAGGAAUAAUGGUCUGGGGCUGUUUUUCAUGGUUCGGGCUAGGCCCCUUACUUCCAGUAAAGGGAAAUCUUAAUGCUACAGCAUACAAUGACAUUCUAGACAAUUCUGUGCUUCCAACUUUGUGGCAACAGUUUGGGGAAGGCCCUUUCCUGUUUCAGCAUGACAAUGCACCCAUGCACAAAGCGAGGUCCAUACAGAAAUGGUUGGUCGAGAUCAGUGUGGAAGAACUUGACUGGCCUGCACAGAGCCCUGACCUCAACACCAUCGAACACCUUUGGGAUGAAUUGGAACGCCGACUGCAAGCCAGGCCUAAUCGCCCACAUCAGUGCCCAACCUCACUAAUGCUCUUGUGGCUAAAUGGAAGCAAGUCCCCGCAGCAAUGUUCCAACGUCUUGUGAAAAGCAUUCCCGGAAGAGUGGAGGCUGUUAUAGCAGCAAAGGGGGACCAACUCCAUUUUAAUGCCCUAUGAUUUUGGAAUGAGAUGUUCGACGAGCAGGGGUCCACAUACUUUUGGUCAUGUAGUGUAUCUUGAAAACGUCAUUGCUGACAAGCAAAACAUUUUGCUACUAUGUCAACAAUGAACUGAUGAUGGACUAAUGAUAGUCCAACAAAUACCAACAUAUAGUUUUUGGGUGGAGUUUUCCUUUAACAAGAUAGAGAAUAAACACAAAUAUUUUCCUUCAACUCUAGAAACCACUGGCAUCAAGAAUUUUUAUUGUACAAAUUACAUAUACAUGUUCAAUUGUGUAAUAGUAAUAAUCAUAAUAAUAAUAUAUUUUACUUAAAACAUUACAUACUGUAAUCUGAAACUCCUGGUUUACAGGCCACAUCAAGCCUGCAAGUCACAAUAUGCUGGUUUGGAAUCCAGCCAGAGUAAGGAUAUCAAAUCAAAUCAAAUCUUAUUUGUCACAUGCGCCGAAAACAAUGGGUGUAGACUUUACCGUGAAAUGGUUGCUUACAAGCCCUUCCCAAUUAUGCAGUUUAACAAAUAAUAAUAAAAAUAAAAAUACAGAGUAGCAGCAGAAUAUGAUGAGUGGAAAAGUGUGUGUAUAUGUGUGUUUGUGUUGUGUUGGUCUGUGUGUGUGUUAUGUGUGUGGGUUUUGUGUAAGAGUGUCAGUGUAGUGUCUGUGCGUGCGUGAGUGGGUAUAAAGUGCGUAUAUAGUCUUGUGAGUGUGCAUAGAGUCAGUGCAAGAUAUGGUCAAUGCAGAUAGUCUGGGUAACCAUUUAAUGAACUAUUUAGCACUCACAUACGUCGGUACCAUUUGCCAGAUGGUGGCAGAGUGAACAGUCUAUGGCUUGGGUGGCUGGAGUCUUUGACAAUUUCUCGGGCCUUCCUCUGCCACCUGAUAUAGAGGUCCUGGAUGGCAGGGAGCUGGCCCCGUGAUGUACUGGGCUGAACGCACCACCCUCUGUAGCACUUUGCGGUCAAGGGCGGUGCAUUUGCCAUACCAAGCGGUGAUGCAGCCAGUCAAGAUCCUCUCAAUGGUGCAGCUGUCAAACUUUUUGAGGAUCUGAGGGCCCAUGACAAAUCUCCCUCCUGAGGGGGAAGAGGCGCUGUCGUGCCCUCUUCAUGACUGUGUGGGUGUGUGUGGACUAUGUUUAGUCCUUAGUGAUGUGGACGCCAAGGAACUUGAAGCUCUCAAACCGCUCCACUACAGCCCCGUCAAUGUGGAUGAUGGUGUGCUCUCCCCUCUUUCUUCUGUAGUCCACAAUUAGCUCCUUGUUCUUACUGACGUUAAGGGAGAGACUGUUGUCCUGGCACCCCACUGCUAGUGAUGUUAUGUUUGAUACCGGAGCUCCGAGGCAUGCGUCGAAAUUGCUAAGCAGUUUACUUUGAAUCAGUGUGCAGAUGCUUGCAUCACUUUAUCAGAAGCGCAUGAUCAAUGACGUCCGAAGCUUUGUUUUUUGUCGAACAACCACCUGAUAGGUUUGGUAUUGGUUUCAGUAGAAGACAAAAAGGCUACCCUGCGUCAUCUAUAAUAAUUUGGCUGUUCUAAAUGAUUUUGAUCAGCAGGUGCCACUAGUCUACUUUUCGACACAAAUGGUUUGAAAUGCUCACUGCUUCAGGAAGCUUCGUUUCCCCUUCACUACCCACUGCUAAGUCUCUGACCUCCUCCCUUUAAGCUGUCUCAUCGCUGUCAUUGAGGAUGCCUACCACCAUCGUGUUGUCAGCAAACGAUGAUGGUGUUGGAGUUGUGCGUGACCAUGCAGUCAUGGGUGAGGAGAGGACUAAACACAACCCCUGAAGGGCCCCCCAAUUGAAACUUUUAAUCACCCGCAAUCUGCAUUGAGAAUGACUGCCAGGUUAGAAAAGAUUGAUUAUUGAGACUACCUAAAUAAUUUAAACUGGAACAGCCAUCUCAGUAAUGGGUGCAAAAAGUCCAACUACUAACAGAUUGGAAUAGUUUACAAAAAUGUUAUUUAUGUUUGUGUAGCAUAAGAUAUUAAUCAACCAAUCAAUGUACAUGCAAAAACCCAGGUACUGAAAGAAACAAUUCUGAAAAUCAACCUGCAACAGAUCAUGCUGGGAAAUAUGAUAAUCAUACAUUUGUAAUUUGACUCAACAAGCUUGUUCAACUUCAGCUCACUUCGAACAGAGUUUGUUGAUUCAACAUACAAUUGUUAGGCAACCAGCUGCAAUAGGAUUGUCAGUUUGGUCAACAUUUGGGAUUAUAGCUGGCCCAACAAACAGUACAGUGUUGCAUUCCAAAGGCAAACAUGAAUUUGUAAUUUGACUCAAGUUUCUAUACAUUCAGCUCACUGUGAGCAAAUGUUUUAUUGAGUGAACAAACAUUCACACAUUUGUCACGCCCUGACUCAGGGGACUCUUAUAUGUUGAGUCAGGGUGUGUAUAUUCUUUGUUGUGUAUGUUCUAGGUUGUACGAUCUAGUAUGUAUGGUUCUAUGUUGGCCGGUGUGGUUCCCAAUCAGAGGCAGCUGUCGUUCGUUGUCUCUGAUUGGGGACAAUACUUAGGCAGCCUAUUGGCACUAGUGGGUUGUGUGAUCUUGUUCCGUGUGAGGUAUGUUGUUUGUGUACCUUGGACUUCACGUUUCGUUUAGUUUGUUGUUUUGUUGUUGUUUAUUCGUUUCAAAUAAACAUGUAUGCAUAUCAUGCUGCGCCUUGGUUCGACCAGUCUGUAAACGAGCGUGACAAAAGUUCCCACCAGACCUGGACCAAGCAGUGUGCCGAGGAGGAGCAGAGAGGAUGGACUUGGCAGGAGAUAAGAGAGGAUCUGGCAAGAAAGAUGGAGGCCCUGAAAGGGAUCAGGGUGGAGAGGCAACCCCAACAAAUUUUUUUGGGGGGCACACGGUGUGGACGACGAGGCAGCAGGAGGCCGCGACAGGGCGGAUCUGCUGGUUAGGAGGCCACCAUAUUACGGGGGCUAUUGGUUCAGAGGGAGCAGGAGGUAUUCGGUCAGAGGGAGGCGCUACAGGAGGCUAGAAGGGAGAAGGAAGGUGUAGAGGCACGGCGAGAGGAGCUGGUUAGGCAGCAGAAGGAGCGGGGGUUAAUAAAGGAACCCAGUCCUGCUCCUCGCACCAAGCAAGUGGUGCGUGUCGCCAGUCCGGUCCGGCCCGUUCCUGCUCCCCGCACCAAGCCAGUGGUGCGCGUCGCCGGCCCGGCCUGUUCCUGCUCCUCGCACCAAGCCAGUGGUGCGCGUCGCCAGCUCGGCCCGGCCUGUUCCUGCUCCUCGCACCAAGCCAGUGGUGCGCGUCGCCAGCCCGGCCCGGCCUGUUCCUGCUCCUCGCACCAAGCCAGUGGUGCGCGUCGCCAGCCCGGCCCGGCCUAAUCCUGCUCCUCGCACUAAGCAGUGGUGCGCGUCGCCAGCUCGGCCCGGCCUGUUCCUGCUCCUCGCACCAAGCCAGUGGUGCGCGUCGCCAGCCCGGCCCGGCCUGUUCCUGCUCCUCGCACCAAACCAGUGGUGCGCGUCGCCAGUCCGGCCCGGCCUGUUCCUGCCCCUCGCACCAAGCCAGUGGUGCGUAUUCCUAGUCAGGUCCGGCCCGUGCCUGCUCCUCGCACCAGACCAGUGGUGCGUUUGUUCAGUCCGGCAUGGCCCGUGCCCGUUCCACCGGUGCCUGAUCUAGUUCCGGUCAGCUGUUCCACUCCGGAGCCAGAGCAGUCCACUCCACCGGUGCCUGAUCCAGCUCCGGUCAGCUGUGCCACUCCGGAGCCAGAGCAGGCCGCCCCACCGGGGUCCAGUCCAGCUCCGGUCAGCGGCUCCACUCCGGAGCCAGAGCAGUCCGCUCCACUGGUGCCUGAUCCAGCUCCGGUCAGCGGCUCCAGGGGACUCUUAUAUGUUGAGUCAGGGUGUGUAUAUUCUUUGUUGUGUAUGUUCUAGGUUGUACGAUCUAGUAUGUAUGGUUCUAUGUUGGCCGGUGUGGUUCCCAAUCAGAGGCAGCUGUCGUUCAUUGUCUCUGAUUGGGGACCAUACUUAGGCAGCCUAUUGGCACUAGUGGGUUGUGGGAUCUUGUUCCGUGUGAGGUAUGUUGUUUGUAUGCUACCUUGGACUUCUUGUUUCGUUUGUUGUUUUGUCGUUGUUUAUUCGUUUCAAAUAAACAUGUAUGCAUAUCACGCUGCGCCUUGGUUCGACCAGUCUGUAAACGAGCGUGACAACAUUAGCUCAAUUUCUUGUCCUUCUGAAGUCCACUCAACUCACAGAAUAAUGCUGAUUAAGCAAUUGGUUCAAAAUAUUUUUGUUUUGUGCGCAAAAAAUGACUAAACCAAUCAUCAAAGCAUUCUUCUUCUCGUGUCAGACUCUAUCUCAAACACACACUGAUGAACUCAUGCGUAUGCCUCGAAGUCUCCAUUGUCGACUCUGAAGCUUUGAUGAAUCUGUCACUGUUUGCACUGUUAGUUAUACUUUAUCAACUGACUAGUACACUGGUAGAAGCUUGCAGUCGCUGGGAAAAGCCUUGAGAAGCACAACUAUUGUAGCUAAUCAAAACGCAGGUGAUUGUUUUUUGUUAGAUAACAGUAAUGGGAAAGUCAAAGCUAUGUCAAUGUGAAAAUGCUGAAAUAUUAUAUUACAUACGUAGACAGUGCACCCUGUAUUCAUAGGUUUGAAAGUUUCUCAUAUUUUCUUAAGAAACAAAGUCUAUUGUGUUCUUCCCUCUAAAGUCUAUUGGAACUGAUUACUAACAGUUUAUCUAUUAGGGAGUUGAGCAGCCACAGCGCUUUACAAUCUCAGACAAAUCUGCCCUCUUAUCAGCUAGUUGUGCUUUAUUAUAUGUGAGAGUGCUCUCUAAUGGGGUUACAAUGGAACUGCAGGUGUUCUUUAUACAUACCGUUGAGCAAGUUUUGAGUGCUGUUCCUCUCAAAGGGGUGAAUCCAUAGAGUUAAAUAGAGGACUCUAGAUGGAUAAAACCCAUUUUGGAAUUGCCAUUGCAAUCGAGGGCUUUCAUAAUUUUAAAGUAGUCAAGUGUGUGGGACUUCGUACGGGUUAAGGAUGGAUCGAUGACAUGACUCCAUCCGGGUCAUCAGGAGGGAUCAGCCAAUGAAUUAUACUUGUGAGCAAACAUUCCAUAACAGUAGGUGGCAGUAAUUACCCAACCUUGGCUUUAUACCUGUUCAUAAAACACACUCUAGGUGGCAGGCAGUAUGCACCCUUUCAGUUUGUUUGCCAACUGAUAGAAGUAGUAGAAGAAGAGAAUAUACUACAUCAAAGGAGAUUGUCUCAAUGGCGCUGCCCGUUUUCUCACAGACGCCAUAUAAUAAUAAAUAAUAUGCCAUUUAGCACAGACGCAAUAAUGGGACAUAUAUAAAGAUAAUAUCUCUAUUUCUCUGUGGGUGAAUCCUAACUUCCACUUCAGUCAGAUUUCCACUUAGUCUCCCAUUGACAUCAAUGCAUGACUAGGUUAACAUCUGACUUAAGUGGUUUUCCCCCAAAGUGACAUGCAAGUUAAGUAGAGCAGGAGUCACUGGAGCUUCUUAUGGUUAAGAGGUGAUCCUCUCUCUACUGUAUGUCAAAAGUGAUUUACUCUGCAUUGACAACAUUGAGACCCAUAUAAAAACAUGCGGUAGAAUCAUAAUUGUUACAUAUUCAUCAUCAUCCUAAUCAUCAUCAUUAUAUAACCAUCAUCAUUGUUAUAUAAAAUGUAUCAUAAUCAUCAUCAUAGUCAGCCUUAUCAUUAUCAUCUAUCUUCGAUAUAUCAUCUCAAGAGAAAAGUAGUUGUAUACACUUAAAACGCUCAGGAAAUAGAUUGAGAAAGGUUUAGUAAACAACAAUAACAAAUCAGGGUUAACACCAAAACUAGUGUCCUGUUGACUAUCAGGCAAAGAAAUGCCAGCUAAGAUGCUAGUUAAUAGAAAAGAUAACACCAAAAGUCCUGUCUGAUAUAUUGUUAUUACUCAUAGGAUACUGGUAUUACCGAGGGUAAUUGGAGGCAAUUAUGUGGGACUUUGGUUUAUUGCUGUUAUAUUACAGGCAGCUACAGUGAGGGAAAAAAGUAUUUGAUCCCAUGCUGAUUUUGUAUGUUUGCCCACUGACAAAGACAUGAUGUCAAAAAUGUUAGAAAUUUAUUUGCAUUUUAAAUGAGGGAAAUAAGUAUUUGACCCCUCUGCAAAACAUGACUAAGUACUUGGUCGCAAAACCCUUGUUGGCAAUCACAGAGGUCAGACGUUUCUUGUAGUUGGCCACCAGGUUUGCACACAUCUCAGGAGGGAUUUUGUCCCACUCCUCUUUGCAGAUCUUCUCCAAGUCAUUAAGGUUUUGAGGCUGAUGUUUGGCAACUCGAACCUUCAGCUCCCUCCACAGAUUUUCUAUGGGAUUAAGGUCUGGAGACUGGCUAGGCCACUCCAGAACCUUAAUGUGCUUCUUCUUGAGCCACUCCUUUGUUGCCUUGGCCGUGUGUUUUGUGUCAUUGUCAUGCUGAAAUACCCAUCAAAGACCCAUUUUCAAUGCCCUGGCUGAGGGAAGGAGGUUCUCAACCAAGAUUUGACGGUACAUGGCCCUGUCCAUCGUCCCUUUGAUGCGGUGAAGUUGUCCUGUCCCCUUAGCAGAAAAACACCCCCAAAGCAUAAUGUUUCCACCUCCAUGUUUGACGGUGGGGAUGUUGUUCUUGGGGUCAUAGGCAGCAUUCCUCCUCCUCCAAACACGGCGAGUUGAGUUGAUGCCAAAGAGCUCGAUUUUGGUCUCAUCUGACCACAACGCUUUCACCCAGUUCUUCUCUGAAUCAUUCAGAUGUUCAUUGGCAAACUUCAGACGGGCCUGUAUAUGUGCUUUCUUGAGCAGGGGGACAUUGCGGGCGCUGCAGGAUUUCAGUCCUUCAUGGCGUAAUGUGUUACCAAUUGUUUUCUUGGUGACUAUGGUCCCAGCUGCCUUGAGAUCAUUGACAAGAUCCUCCUGUGUAGUUCUGGGCUGAUUCCUCACCGUUCUCAUGAUCAUUGCAACUCCACGAGGUGAGAUCUUGCAUGGAGCCCCAGGCCGCGGGAGAUUGACAGUUAUUUUGUGUUUCUUCCAUUUGCAAAUAAUCGCACCAACUGUUGUCACCUUCUCACCAAGCUGCUUGGCGAAGGUCUUGUAGCCCAUUCCAGCCUUGUGUAGGUCUACAAUCUUGUCCCUGACAUCCUUGGAGAGCUCUUUGGUCUUGGCCAUGGUGGAGAGUUUGGAAUCUGAUUGAUUGAUUGCUUCUGUGGACAGGUGUCUUUUAUACAGGUAACAAGCUGAGAUUAGGAGCACUCCCUUUAAGAGUGUGCUCCUAAUCUCAUCCCGUUUUUCUGGAUUUUUUUGUUGUUAUUCUGUCUCUCACUGUUCAAAUAAACCUACAAUUAAAAUUAUAGACUGAUAAUUUCUUUGUCAGUGGGCAAACGUACAAAAUCAGCAGGGGAUCAAAUACUUUUUUCCCUCACGGUAUAUGUGUUGGAGUGAGGACUCAGUGAUAUGGAAUGAAUUAUUUUCCCAUCUAUCUGAAAAAUGACCAACUGAACCCAUGAAACACAACACAGAAAGAACACAGCUCUUUUAAGUUAGAGACUCAUACUGUCAUUGGCCAAAGCUUGUAAGAGUAUUUUAGUCUGUAAUUCACACUGAAUGUAACUGAAUCAGUGAAGUUAAACAAUAUUGAAACAAUAGAGAAACAGCACGAUAUUCCGUUUUGGCUUGCCAGGCUAAGAGUGUUUUGCAGGUUUGUUAUCAAUAUGGUUCAAAUGACGAAGUAAUGCCCCAAAACUGUUGUUUCACUGGCAUUAUUUCUUAGCUAAUGAUUUAUCAAAGCAUGACAAAGGUCUGUGUGACCAUAUACCAAUAAAAAUCAGCUGCUGGGAUUUAUAUGAAUGCUGACCUAUCAUCAAAGUAAGUAAAAUUGAAAGUUAAUAUUUGAUAUCGAAAGAGGGCUUAACAGAACAUAGACGCCAUUCAGGGUGUGAACAUUACAGAAAGAAGUCCCCUGAACAACUAGAAUAGCCACAUUUAUUUAUUUAUCUUACUUAUUAUCAGACUUUAUUUAGUAAAAAAGUAAAAUAAAGUAAAGUGUAUUUUCUAAUGAGACGUGCAUAGGAAGGAUUUUCUUUGCAAAUCGAAGGACACUAGGAUACUACCAGCACUGUGACAGAGAAAAUGGCAGACAGAUCACUACUAGAUCGUUUCCUGUGCUGUCAUAUUUGUUCAGAGACUUUCAGAGAGCCUGUUUCUCUCGGCUGCAACCACAGCUUCUGUUCCAGCUGCCUGGACAAUUUCUGGGAUCAGAAUAAAAACAAGAACUGUCCGGUUUGUAAGAGGAAAUCUUCUAAGGGCUUAGGAAUUAACUAUUCACUGAAAGAGCUAGCUGACUCGCAUGCAAGGAGAGAGAAAGCAGGGGUGUCCAGGGAACGGAGGAAUGAUAGUGAUCCAAAGGAUGACAGAGAGAUCAUUUGUAGUAAACAUACAGAUGAACCUAAGUGGUUCUGUGAGGUGGAGCAGAGAGCUGUUUGUCACGAAUGUGAGUUUCCUGAUGGUCACGGACACACAGUCAUUCCCUUACAACAGGCAGUGAAAGACCUGAAGGAAAAAAUAACAUCUGAUUUAGAGUCACUGCAGAACAAGCGAACCAAAUUUGAAGACAUAGAGGAGACAUACAAUGAAAUAGUGCAAUACUCCAAGAAGCAGCUGGGAGCGACAGAGAGACAGAUCAGGGGGGAGUUUGAGAAGCUUCACCAGUUCCUGAGAGAGGAAGAGGAGGCCAGACUGGCUGCACUGAGGGAGGAAGAGGAGGAAAAGGGGAAGAUGAUCGCCAGAGAGAUGAAGAACAUUCAGGACCAGAUCACUUCUCUCACAGAAAGCAUCACUGCUAUGAAACAUGAGCUGCAGAAACAGGAUGUGCCAUUUCUCAAGAGCUACAAACACACCCAGACAAGCUCCAGAGCCCAGUGCACACUGCCAGAUCCACAACUGGUCUCAGGAGCGCUGAUAGACGUGGCCAAUCACCUGGGCAACCUGCAGUUCAGAGUCUGGGAGAAGAUGCAAGGGAUCGUCAAGUACACUCCUGUGAUUCUGGACCCCAACACUGCUGAAUGUAGGCUAUAUCUGUCUGAUGGUCUGACUAGGGUGAGACAUUUAGGCAAAAAGCAGCAUCUCCCUGACAACCCAGAGAGGAACACAGAGCAUGCCCAGGUUCUGGGCUCUAAGGGGUUCAGCUCAGGAAAGCACAGCUGGGAGGUGGAGGUGGGGGACCACCCUCACUGGUAUAUAGGUGUGGCCGAAGAGUCAAUCAAAAGGAAGGGGAAGGCAUUUGUAACCCCAGGGUAUGGAGUCUGGGAUAUACAGCUGAGGGAUCAUGAGUAUAAUGCAGGAGGUAAGACUCUUUCUCUGGAGAGGAGUCCCCAGAGGAUCAGAGUGCAGCUGGACUACGACAGUGGGGAGGUGUCCUUCUACGAUCACGAAGACAUGACACACAUCUACACUCAUAAACACACAUUUACUGAGAAA